GGAAAAAUAAAAGAGGGGAAGAAAAAGAAGAGAAUCAAGAUCUUUGUGCAUCAUAUGGAUUGCAUAUGGGUUUAAGGAGGGGCAUUUAAAGGGAGGGGCAUUGGACAUUCCUGUCAGUGUGUUUGUGAGAUGAGCAGAGGGAACGGAGAGAAAGAGAGAGACGGGCUUUGCUCCUAUGGAGAUGUGUGUGUGAUGAUCAGUCGACUCAUUAAACCUGUGAAAACUGUGUUUCCAUUGGAGGCUGCAGAGGUGGCUGUGCCGCUGGAGAGGGGUUUCGCUUCAGUGUCUCCUCUGGCUCUGUCUUGGAUUAUCAUACUCAAGCCCUGGUAUGCUUAGAGGACACAAACUGCCAAGGAUACAGAGAGAGGCAUGAUGGAUGGAUGCACUCUCCUCACUAGUCCGUACAUCUCCAGCUCUUCCCCCAGGCUUGUGCUGGCUUCUGCUCCCAGUUCCCUCCAACCAUCACCAGUCAGGCUGCCUGCCUUCCUGCUCCCACCCUCUCUGCAUGGAUGCUGGUGUCAACACACAUGAGAGGGCUAUGAUCUGGACCGUAUUCCGAGGGUUUUGGGCCAUGCUGAUUUAAGUUGGCACUAAUGGAUUUUAAAAGCCUUCACUAUAUCAUUUUACAGUUGUUCUUCCUCUCAUUCCUGAUGACGUAAAAUGCAAGACAGUUAAUAUUCUGCUCCGACUCAAGAUUUUUGCUGUUAGUGAAGACAAUGGACUGUCAGAUGGAUAUACAGCACAUGAAAACAAGGUCAAGUAAAUAAUUACUAUCUGAACUGAUUCAUUCAGUGGCUGCAUGCAUAUGCAAUGAUAGAUAUUAAAUGGGUGUUUUCUAAGAACAAAAGAGCUGCUUGCUUUGGACACCCCUCAGUUUGCUCAAGGUUGUCAGAAGGACUGGAUUUUGUUUUUAUAUCUCAGAGAAAUUGCCAAGAAAUCUGUGAUUGAAAUCAAGAAACAGGGAUUUGGGGAAUGGAUGAAAGCAAUAGCCCUUCUGCCGUUCUGUCUUCCGUGGAGAAACCUAAUCUCCCUCCAUGUGAGUGUUUUGUCUCUGGUGUGCUGGCAGAUUAUUUCAUGCUACAACACAUCAACAAACUAUCUUUUUUUCGUGUUCGUCUGUUUGGUUCCUCUGAUCUACUGCGGGUCCAAUAAAAUCUGGCCACAUGAGUGGAGGCGGCACCCUGCAGCAACGCACCACCUACCUCAUUUCCCUCACCUUGGUGAAGGUAGAGGCUGUUGAGGAGAAUGGGGAAGCCGGGAAGUGUUCCCUGGGAAAGGAGUUAGAAGCCAGAGCAGGAGGAAGUCCAGGUGAAGAGUUCAGGGUCACAGUAGCGACAGCUCCUGAAGUGGCUGAGAGCGGCGCUGAAGUGGACGUCGGACAACCACAAAGAGAUAAUGAUGCUGCAGCAGUGAAAGGGGGCACAGAUGAACUCAAUUAUGGUGAAAGAAAACUGUUAAACCCUCAAACAGAUAACUUACUCCCUAGUGUUGAUGUUGUAAGUAAAAGUAGUGAAAAGCCACCAUGCAGCUUCCUGUUCCCCUUACUUGCUGAGGGAGUGACAAUUCAAAAGACAAAGUCUACAGACUUAUUUGAAAGGAAGAAUCCCAUCCCAGAGGCAAAGCAAUGCAGUUCUCCAGCACCGACAGAGGGGGUAGAACCCAGCUACAGUCCAAGCACAACCAGCCUCCCUAUCCAUCCCCCAGGGCAAUGGCCGGGGAGUCUCUUGAAGUCUCACAGCAGUGUGACCACCCGGGGACGGGACUCCAGGGAGGGCAGGGAGCGCAGUCCUGCCUCGGCCCAGAGCCUGGAUCGUAAGGACUGCAGAGUUCUGGUGUGCUCUCCGGGCCCCUGCAGGGCGUCCUGGGCUGAGGCGAGCCAACCUGAGGGAUGGAGGAACCAGCAGGAGGAGGCUCAAAGUGGAAUUCCGCUGGAACUUGGAGGUGGCAUUGCUGCAGUGAUGAGAACCAUUCCCAGGAAGGAGAGACUGAAGACAGGCUCAAGCUCCCUGCCUGCACCUGCUACCCAAGCCCCUAAACCAGCACGGAAGGGUAAAAGCCGUACACUUGAUAACAGUGACCUAAAUAACCUCUCUGAAGACCUGGGACUGGCCAGAGAGGUCCACCAUGGGCAGCAGGGUCAACGGGGCUCUGCUAAGGACAGAAAGAUGCUUAAGUUCAUCAGUGGUAUUUUCACAAAGAGCAGUUCAGGGGCAGCGGAGUCGUCCACCAUUGUACCUCCCGUUUAUAUACAAAGAGAUUCCAGUGAGGAGGAAGUAAAUCUUGCCUACAGCCAGGAGUGGACACUGAGCAGAUCCAUUCCAGAGCUGAGACUGGGCAUUCUCGGAAGUCUGAAAAGUGGAAAGUCAGCGUUGGUGAACAAAUAUAUCACAGGCAGUUAUGUUGCAGUCGAGAAGCCUGAUGGUGGAAGGUAUAAAAAGGAAGUGCUGGUGGAUGGUCAAAGUAAUUUAUUACUGAUCCGGGAAGAAGUUGGGGCACCUGAUGCACAGUUCAGCAGCUGGGUUGAUGCUGUGAUCCUGGUCUUCAGUUUGGAGAACGAGGCCAGUUUUCAAGAGCUUUACCAGCUGUACAGCCAGCUCAGUGCACACCGUUCAGACAUCCCAGUCAUUGUUGUGGGAACCCAAGAUAAAAUAAGCAGCACCAACCCUCGUGUGAUUGAGGAUCAGAGAGCCAGACAGCUGUGCAUCGACGUGCGCCACUCCCUCUUUUAUGAGACCUGUGCCACCUAUGGGUUCAAUGUUGAUAGAGUGUUUUCAGAGGCUGCCCAGAAGAUUGUAGCUCAGAAGAAGCAGGCAGCAUUGCAGGCCUGCAAAUCCAUGCCUACCUCCCCCAGUCACUCUGGAGGUUCCACACCUGGAUCAUCAUCAUUCCCUGGACAGGCCAGUAAUGGCCUCAAUAGUGGCAGCACCUACUCCCUCCCCUCCACCCCUGUGGUGGCUCACAGGGAGCUGCGAGUUGCUCAGGUAGAGGGGGGAGGCAGUGUGAACUCACGCUCACUGAAGAGCAUCCCCAGAAGGCCUUCCCUUUUUAAGAACCGAGACACGGAUAAAAAAACUGGCGAUCCUAAAGGAGACCUGAGCAGUGUGCGUGGUGUUCCAAUCAAACAGAGCAUCUUGUGGAAGAGAAGUGGUAGCUCUCUGAAUAAGGAGUGGAAGAAGAAAUAUGUCACCCUGUCCAACAGUGGCGUGCUGUCUUAUCACUCCAGCGCCAGUGACUACAUACAGAAUAUCCAUGGAAAGGAGAUUGACCUGCUCCGUGUGACAGUUAAAGUUCCUGGGAAACGUCCUCCAAGAGCAGUCGCACCCACAGGACCCUCAUCUGCUCCUUUAUGUGCUUUACCAGGAGUUAAUGGACUGAAUAAAGAGUUGACAGCAGCUGAUAACACCAGCACAGUUCCUCAGUUGUGUCCAGCGUCUGUGUCCGUGGUCGAUGACCGGUCUAGUGGUUUGUCUCCUCAAAGAGGUGAGAAAGGACUUCAGCGCUGCCCCUCCUCAUUGUCUACUAAAGCACAAAGUGUUGAUGGCCUUGAAGGGACAGCUGGUCCUUUUGCAGGAAAAGAUCAAGGCCAAGCAUCUCCUAUGAGUGACAGGAGGAAGAACAGGAGGAAGAAAAGCAUGAAUCAGAAAGGAGAUGCUGCUGUUGGGCAAGCCGAAGCUAAACGCAAAAUGUGGAAAUUAAAGAGCUUUGGUAGCUUGAGAAACAUUAAUAAGACAGAGGAAGAGAAUGCAGACUUUAUCAUAGUUUCAUUCACUGGGCAGACAUGGCACUUUGAGGCUCAGAGCCAGGAAGAAAGAGACUCUUGGGUGUCUGCUAUCGAAAGCCAGAUCCUGGCAAGCCUUCAGUCGUGUGAGAGUGGAAGAAACAAGGCACGGAGGAGCAGUCAGAGUGAGGCUGUUGCGCUACAGGCCAUCCGAAAUGCCAAAGGCAAUGGUCUGUGUGUGGAUUGCGAAGCUCAAAAUCCAACCUGGGCUAGUCUUAACCUGGGUGCACUGAUCUGCAUUGAAUGCUCAGGAAUCCACAGGAACCUGGGAACACAUCUGUCACGUGUUCGCUCUCUGGACCUGGACGACUGGCCUGGAGAACUCUCACAGGUCCUUGCUGCCAUCGGAAACCACAUGGCCAAUAGUAUCUGGGAGAGGUGCACUCAAGGUCGAACAAAGCCCACACCUAAUGCAACAAGAGAGGAAAGAGAGUCCUGGAUCCGUGCUAAGUAUGAACAGCGUGCAUUUGUGGCUCCUCUGCAGCCAGCCUCGGGACUGGACCUUCCAAAAGACAGCAUGCCGUCUUCAGUGCUAGCUGCAGUGACGAGCAGAGAUCUUCCCAGGCUGCUGCUUCUUCUGGCUCACAGUACCAAGGAUCAAAUCAACACCGUGCCAUCCGGAUCUUCUUCGCUGCCUUGCACGGCUCUGCAUGCUGCUUGUCAGCUGGGAGAUGUAGUUAUGACUCAGCUACUUGUCUGGUAUGGAAUCGAUGUGAAAGCAAAAGAUAAUCAAUGCCAGACAGCCAUGAUGCUGGCCAGAAAGACGGGAAGUAAAGGUUGCAUUGAUAUUCUGCUCCAACACGGGUGUUCCAACGAGAACUCUCCUGCCGCUGCAACGCCAGUUCUCUCCCGCCGUUCCAGCACUGCCAGUUUGGGUCGAACCAGCUCCAGAAAGCGGAUAUCAUAGCAUAGAGUUAAAUUGUGAUGAAUAGAGGAUAGACGUGAUUUAAAAACAUUUUGGAAAUGAAGCUGAACUGAAAGUGAAGGAGGUGUUACUGUAGUUCAACAAAAUGGCAGGACUAGGGAAUAUAAUACAAAAGGAUACAACAUUGUUUCUAAAAACCCAACAACAAUAUCAAGCAUCUUAAAAGCAAUAGUCAAAGUUUAUCAAACAUAUCGCUGGAAUACUGUCUAUUUGUUGCCCUCAUUGGAAAAAACUCAAGUAAAACUGUAGCAAUCUUCUGCAAUGUUAGAGAAGACAUUCGGCUGCUUUCCUUUCAUUUACUCUUUAAGAAGUACGAUAAUCCAGUCACAGUGAUAGAAAGCAACAGAUUGUAGCUGUGUCAGCCCACUAUAGUGGAAGACUUUAAAAGAGAGUGUUGCUUUGUUUUGACUAAACCAAAAUGGCAUAUAUUUCCUUUGACUUUAAAGAUGUUAAUCAUGUGUGCCUAGUUUGGACAAUAUUAUUUCUUUGAUGAAUCAGCUGAAAAAUUUCUGACAAAAGUAGAAAAAUGAAUGGUUUAUAAUAUGAAAUAUGUCAAUGUUAUGAUCGCAGGUCUGAGAUGUGAUGUUUUAAUAUACUGUAUAUGUACCUAUACAACAUAUGUAAUGUUUAACCCUGUUACAGAGGUAAGCUUAAAAAGACAUACAAUUUUGUAAAUUAUUUCUUACCGUUACUUUUGGAAAAUAUUGUUUCUUUUUUGUCAUUGUCCUUCAAAACCAGUGAAUGGUUUUACAUAUCUAACUUUUUUUUUUGGGGCGGGGGGGCACAAGUAGAUGGCAGUUGUGUGGUCAAUCCCAGUGAGUGAAGUUAUGAAGCUAAGACUGGUGUUAAAGUUACUUCUGACACUGUGGGUUGUGUGAACUCCUCACCAGAGGAGAAGAAUAAAUUGUUUUUAAAUCA